AUGGGCUGCGGGCGGAAGCGGCCGCGGGGGGGCGGGGAGCUGGGGCGGGUGGCGGAGAUCGUGAUGGUGCUGGCGGUGGCCGGGGAGGUGCGGGGCGGCAGGGCGCCCACGGCGGCGGAGCGGGCGCUCGUGGCGGAGGCGCGGGGGCGGCUCGCAGCGUCGGUGGCGGCCGUGGAGGUACGGCCCAAGGAGCUGUACCCGAGGGAGGCCGUGCGCACGCUCGUGGAGGACCUCGGGCUCGGCCGCGCCAGGGAUCCCGCCGCCAUGGACUACCGCCCCCGCAGGGCCUCGAUCGCCGAGAGGAUCCUUCUCACCAAGCGCAAGAUGGAACAAGUCAAGGAAUCUCUAGUACGUCCAACCACGAAUGUUCCUCAGACAACACCCUCAAGUGCAACCGCUAUAUUCCAGGAUGGAGCUUCCAAGUCCGCCGCUGGAUGGAACCUGUCAGCUGCUGGGUCAUUCCCUGCCUCAACCCCAACCCCAGUAACCAUGUCUUCUUCUAUCUUGAAGCAGUCCCGACCAAAUGAAACACCAGCGGGAGUAUCUUCUUCCAAAUCAGCAACUAUUGGCCAGGCAAAUAAAUCAGCUCAUCUUACUGCUACUAGGUCCAGCCAAAGCACAGUUCAGAGUUCUAGUGCAGGGAAAUCUCAUGAAAAGAAGGCACCUUCUGCUCAACCUGUCAACAGGAACAUUGUUAUUGGAGAUCAUGUUCCUCCGGGAGCAGCAGCAUUUAUUCAACAGGAACCCUGCUUCUCCAAGCACAACGCGAUAGCAAAAAAUGUUCAACUGGUUCUGCACCAACCUGCCAACCAUCCUAGCUGGACGGUACCAUCAACUGAGUAUAUGCAUGCUCGGGUGGACUGUCAAAUAUGUAAAACAUUUAUCACUGAUGUGGAGAGUUUACUUGUUUGUGAUGCUUGCGAGAGGGGUGUACACUUAAAAUGCCUUCAGCAGGAUGGGAACGAAGGCCUGUCAAUUGCAGAUUGGUAUUGUCCAACAUGUGUAGUGUAUAGUAAGGGCAAACCUCUGCCUCCAAAAUAUGGCAAGGUUACAAGAACAAUUGUUGCAUCAAAGGCUAGAGGUGUAACUUUGCAGAGAGCAUCAGAAAACCCACGCACAAAAGAUGAGAGUGAAAAAGUGGCAGGAAACGGAAGUUUCAUCAAGCAGAACUCCAGUGAACCUGGUAGGUCUGUACGUAACAGUGACAUGUUGGCCUUAGACACUGUUAGUUCAAAAGCACAAUUGGGCUCUGCUUCUGAAUUUCAAAAGGAAAACACUAAACAUACUGACACUCUGUCUAAACAAAAGGAAGGACAUGGCCCACCUUCAAGAAGCUUAGUUACAAAGACCAUGGAAUCCUCCAGUCAAAUUGAAAGUAGUGGAGGAUCAACAUAUAGUGCUGCUGGAAAUCUGUCGGAGCAGUCUCAUAAGCAAAGAGAGACAAUUGAGUUACUUCCAUGUGCUGUGAAUUCAGUAAAUGAUUCCACACUGCAGGCUACUGCAAUUUCUGACGGGGGAAAUUCCGACCAUUCCUUCAUUGACUCAUCUGAAAUGUGUGGAAUAGAAGGAAACUCUGACCAACUUCUGAACAAGGACGAACAAAGAACCAGCAGCGAUAGAACACCAGCAGAUCAAAAACAUCAAGAAGAUGUAGCCGCUGAUAUUGGAAUAGGGUGUCCUCAGGAUGAUGAAACAACAGAAGUUAAUGCCAUGUCAGAACAUAACAAUGUGUAUCUGGUGACAUCAAACAUGGACUUAUGUGCUAAGCAUGAAGUUAUGGCAGGUCCAAAGAGUGAAGCUGUAGGUUACAGCUCAGAUCUUGGUGAUGUGGAUUGGGUUGGCGAUGCCCUGAAAGUUGUGGGCAACAUAACUUAUUAUAACUCCUGUAUUGUUGAUGGUAUAACAUACAAUCUCCAAGAUCAUAUUUUGAUUGGUUCCAAAGAUGGCAAGUCUGCUCCAUCCAAGCUGCAGUCACUGUGGGAAGAGCAUGACUCCCAAUCUAAGCUGGCUAUGGUUAAUACGUAUUUCUUUGCUUCGGACAUUCCAGAAUCGGCUACCAAACCGUCUUCUCCUGAAGAGAAUGAGGUAUAUGCUUCAAAUAAUCAAAAAACAGUAAUGGUUUCUUCAAUUUGUGGCCCAUGUGAUGUGUUGCAUGUUGACAAGUUUAGAGAAGAGACUAAUAGAAGAAAUUAG